GAAUAAACGCUCAGGCGCGGCGGCUACAGAGAAACAGAGCAAAAGAUGCCAGAUGCCAAGUGACCUCCACACCUCCCCCGCUGCGCCGGACGCUCAGUGAAACGAGUCUGACCCUUCCAUCUGCUCAGGAGGAGGAUGCCAGGAGACCAUACGCUACAAUCCCUGAAAGGCGCGCAGAUGCCAGCGUCCUCCCCGAGGAGAGAGCAGCCAUCAUCAGACACUCGCUGUACUACUCUGCACAUCUCCUUCUCUUGCAGGGAUACAGCCAUGAGCAGGACAGUUUGGUUUAUCUUCUAAACCGUGAGCAGCAUACAUUUGGAUUCCGGACCCCAUCCAGCAAACCCAGCAUUAUCCUGUCUGCCCCAGACAUUCUCCCAUUGCACUGCACCAUCCGCAAGGUGAAGCCUCCAAGGUGCGCCGCUUUCAGGAGCGAGAAGAAGUUGGUGGUGGAACCUAUUCCUGGAGCCAGUGUGUCUGUCAACUUCUCCAAAGUUGACAGGACAACCAUUUUGCAGCAUGGCGAUCUGCUUGGUUUUGGAGCUUACUAUCUUCUGCUCUACAAAGACCCAGCAAAAGCUCAACCAUUGCCUGACCAAGCUCUGGCACGGCUGCGUUCUCUGAGCUCUCAACCAGACCUCAUUUGCAGGAUGUGUGGGAGACACUUAAGGGAGAAGACCUCAUCAUCCAAGAAGAAAGAGUCUGCAUCUUGUAGCCGAGGAGGAAACCUAAUUACCAGGAAGCAUCUAAACCUGGAGUAUGAACGACAGCUGGAGGACUCCCUAGUGAACAAAAUCCUGACCUUGAUUGAGCCAGGGGGUGAUGACCACAAACUUACACCCUCCUUUCUUCUGUGUCUCUGUAUCCAACACUCUGCUUCAUGCUUUACACCUGGGGACUUUGGGCAGCUCCUUUUGAAGGUCACCAGACGUAUUCAGAGGAUGGUUUGGGAGAGGACCAAAGAUCUGGCAGAGAAACAGUCCGACCAACAGGAUCCAACCUCACUGUCCAUCACUGACCUAAUUCCAGACCUGAAACAUAUUCUCUUCUGGAUGUCAAACUCCACAGAGCUCCUGUACUUCAUCCAGCAGAGCUCCCCACGAUACCUGCAGAGCAUGGAGGAUGAACUUGAUAUCAAAGGGUCUAAAGAGUCCGUCUUCUCUAACACAAUCACUGCCAGUGAAGAGGCCAUGACUGUCCUGGAGGAAGUCAUCAUGUACACAUUCCAGCAAUGCGUCUACUACAUCUCCAAGUGCCUGUAUAUGAUGUUGCCUGCGCUGCUAGAGGGGGGUAUUGCUCCUCGGGACCUUCAAAGCUUCUCUCCUCUGCUCCCAGAAGAUGUCCAGCAGGUGAUCGGCAUUUAUCAGACAACACUGGAUCUCCUGCAGCAGUUUGAGGUUCACCAGGACAUGGGAGCCCAGAUGUUUUCCUAUCUGUUCUUCUUCUCAAACACGCUGCUGUUUAACCAGCUUAUGGAGAGAGGCACAAGCCCGGGCUUCUUCUCUUGCACCAGAGGGGUUAAGAUAAGAGCCAACUUGAAACUCCUCCUAAGCUGGUGCCAGGACUUUGGUUAUGGAGCAACGGCUAAGCAAUUCUUCAGCAAGCUUUUGAGUGUGACUGAGUUACUGGCCACUCCUAGUUCUCAGCUGACCCAGAUGUCCUGGGGGUAUAUAAGAGCGGAGUUUCCUUCUCUCAGCCACUCACAGCUGCUCUAUGUUCUGAAUCACAGUUUAAACACAUCGGAGCCCUGCACCAUACCACUCUGGAUGCCAGGGCAUGAGGAGAGUCCUGUCGCUUGUGAGAACAUUAUGGAGACAUUUGAUAACCACCCACCCAUCAUCCUGCCCAGUGAGGGGUUUAAAGUUAAGUUGGAGGGAAAUUCCAUGCAUGAAAAUAUAUACAGACAUCUGCUUUACAUCCGCCAUUUCCUGUGGGGCCUGCGCAGAUCGCCCUCUGAGCCCGGGGAGCUGCAGAAUGAAAUAUCAACUAACCCUUCUGUGAGAUCCACUGCUCAAGGCCACAAGUGGGAUUCUGGGACAGCCGCUCACGCAGCAGACAAUAGACAGAAUGGAAAACACUCAGACAGCGAGGCAGAUGGUCGUGACAUUUCACUUCUCAAUGGUUCCCCCUCAGAGGAAAGGCUAAAGGAAAAGCUCAGGCAUCUCCAUCUGCAAAGCAUGGUCACCAAGGACACAGCCUUUCGGGCUGGCAUGCAACCACUGGACUCUUCUUGUUUACUGACCCCUCCAAAUACACCACUUAUGCCUGAGCCAGAUUGUAACAUCUCAUUACAGCUCAACGGGAUCAGCAGAAGCCCAGUAGAUAUACGGAGAGAGGAGCUGCUGGCCUCAAGAACAGAAGAGAACUCUGACUGCCUGACCCCAAGCACUUGUUCUGAAGAGGAUUUCUGUCACGUGUUUGUGGUGGAGAUGGAGAAGGGAACUAUGGGUCUUGGGAUGGGUCUGAUUGAUGGCUUGCAAACACCACUGAACUCACCUGGAAUUUACAUCAGGACACUAAUUCCCGACAGUCCUGCUGCCUCGGAUGGAAGGCUGGCAAUUGGUGACCGGAUUCUAGCUGUAAAUGGUUCCAGCCUUAUAGGUGCAACGUACAGGAGUGUUCAGGAAAACAUGGCAGAGAUGGCAGCCCUAGCUGAGGCCCAUUUUCCCCUCAGAGUGCUGCUGAUUGACGGAGGGAUGUAUUGCGUAGUGACACAAAUACACCUGAUGGGAAUUAGUCGCAAGCCUGACACAGGUUAG